AAAUAAAUUCACUCCCGCGUCCGUUCCCUAUAAAAGCCUACAACCGCGCCACAGCGACCUUUUUCCCUCUAGCGGGUUCGCCGGCGUCGGCCAUCGUUCUCAAGUUGCUGGUUUCACUGCACGUUUUCUCCAUUGAUCUUUGAUCCUUUUUUCUUCUUUGUUUGCGGAACUUUCGGGUGCUAUCCUUGCAUGUGAAGACGUACAAGGUACUUUAGCUGUAGGUUUUGAUGGAAUCGCUGUUAGGAUUUGAAGAAGUACCCGUGGAAACUGAAGAAGAUAAUUCGUCGACGUACAGCCGCAAAUUGGUACCCUGGUCGACUUGGAGCGAGUGGCUUUUUGUUAGUCAAUCACUCUUCUCUGACUCUUCUGACUCCGUCGCCGCCGCUCUGGGAAGAAUAUCAACAUGGAGAAGCAGAGGCUGUCUUCCAGUCGUCGUUGAAGUGACAGCAUCUAUAAUCGAAAUCCAACAAAAGGAUCCCUACUUCAUAAAGAACCAAUCGGUGGAUGCUUCAGUUCGUGGUACAGAGGAACAAUUAAAUAGUGUUUCACUUUCAGAGGAAGCGUUAGCCAUGUUAUAUUGCAUGGCCAUUAUGAGGCUUGUAAAUGGUGUUGUUGAGAAGACACGCAAGAAAACAGAGGUUUCAAUUGCUGUGGCAGCUGAUGCUAUUGGUUUGCCUCGUGUACUGAUUGAUAUUCGUCAUGAGGGUUCUCAUCGUGAACUUCCAGCUCUUCAGGUGGUUCGGUGUGCCUCAAUCAAGGCACUUCAUUGGUUGAAAGCUUAUUAUUGGGAUCCUCAGGAAAAAGCAAUUCCAUUUCUAGGUGAUAUAAGUACUACCAUUAGAAAAGAAAUCAAAUCCAGACUUCGUGAUUUGGCUUUCAACUUAAGUGAGAAGCAAGAUUCUCAACGUGGAUCAGUGGUCAAGCCAAAACGUUUGAAGACAAAGACGGGCAAGACACUGAAGUUUCUUAUUCAGUUAUAUUCUACUUUCUCUUCAGAAUUUUUAUCUGUAUUGUUGGAAUUUUUGCUAAAGGCAAUGAGGUCAUCAGACUUGGCCUUUCCUGAAAAUUCCAAAAAAUCCCGAAGCGCCGUAUUGGAAGGUUGGAAGCUCGCGAUCGCUAAGAUCUCGAAUAAGGAACCAGAAUUGCUUUUAGAUCUGCUCGAGGCAAUUCUGGAGAAAAUCAAAACUCAAGAAGCCUUGGAAUAUGAAAGUCAGUACUUCACGUCCUCAGAUCACAAAAUGAAGAGCUGUCAAGUCGCACAGCUUUCAUCUUUGUUUGCAUGGCUUGUUGAAAAACUCAAGGGUAUAAAACUAAAGCGCAAUGGAGAAGUUUUUUCUGGAAAACACAUUCCGAAAGGUGUUCUAAUGGAGUUGCUACGUAAAUGCCUUCUGGUAUCAGCUCCUGGGAACAAGCGACUUAUGGAUUCUGCCACUGAUCUUGCACAGUUAUUGGAUGACGGUUCUCUAAUGAAGAAACUGAACAAACUAUCCUUUCUGAAUCUAUUGAAUUCAGAUAUUCCCGACGAAGAAAAUCCCAACCAAACCACUUCAGAAAACAAUUUAAACCACGUGGAGUCGCUCCACGAAGCAAGUCGGAAACUGGAGAUGAUUAAGCUCCACAAAAGAAAGAACAACUUGGCAGCAAAUCCAGUAGAUGGUAAUGUUGGAAGUUCCACCAGGUGGACUGUGGUAAAUUCAUGGACCCCAUGUCCAAUUGGUAUGUUGCCUCGUCCAAUCGGCUCAUCUGGUCGUCUUCCUGUUCUUGACCUCAAUCCCGAGAACGAACCAGCUUCGGAAGAUCUGAGAAGCAAAGAGAACAUCGAACUCGGCAAAUGUAGCCUCAAGAGAGAAGCCAGUUCUGAUACUCAGCAACUUGAUAGCGGUACUGUCAAGAAAAUGAAGGAAACAAAUGGAAACUUCCAAUAUGAGAUGGACGAUGUCGAAUCACGUGAAGGUGUCAAGGGGCGCUUGUUGAUAGGUGGGAUAUGGAAGAAAGUUGGGGAAGAAGAAUUAUCAGCCAUUCAGUCUGCGGUAAGGAUAUUAAUAUAAAUUCUUUUACAGUUGCUGUGAUUUUUGCUGUCUGAACAAAAUCAUAGCCUCCGCAUUCUAUGAUAUGUGAAAGCUUGUAGGAUCUCGACUUUCAUGUUUUAGUAUUAUUAUUAUUAUUAUUUUCGGGAGUUUAAACUAUAUUUGAGAUAUGAGAUUCGGACAUCUAACUUCUUGAUCGAGAGCUCAUGUUGUUAAUUAUACAUGUUUUAAGAUACACAGUGAUAAAAAUAUAUGUAUACAUCCUUGUAUAA